GAGGCCUAAAAGCGUUCUUCCUCCCGCAAAAUCCCGUGCUGAGGGAGGAAGGACGAAAUCCUUACCGCGGAUCCAAGAAACUAUGGACCCUGGAAGAAGCAUGUCGGAAGUGGAGGCCAUGAAUCUCAGCAGUCUUUCUCAAGACUUCACCCACUCAAAUUCUCCCUUCUAUAUGGAAACCAGCAGUACCACUUCAAACUUGCCUCAGAUCGCAGUGUCUUCAAAAGGGAUACAGAGCUUUUGGGAUGCUCCUGAGAUGCCAGUCUGUCACCAUAAGGAGGUCACCGUGCGGGACGUGGACAGGCCAGGGACGGCCUCACCUUGGUCUCCUGCAGGCAUUUCUUGGAGUGGUGGAGCAUCUCCGGAGGACAGCAAGAUGCCCGACCCGAAGCAGAGCUUGGAAAGCUCACAGCCUCUGGAAGAGGACAUGGCUUUAAAUGAAGUCUUACAGAAAUUACAGCACACUAACAAACAGCAGCAGACUCGGAUCCAAGACCUGCAGAGUAGCAACAAGUAUUUAGAGAAGAAGAUUGAAGAACUACAGAAGCAGACUACCAAACAGCAGGUGUUCAUGGACAUCAUAAAUAAGCUGAAGGCCAAGAUGGAAGAAUUAAUUGAAGACAAAUACAGAGUGAUGCUAGAGAAGAGUGACACUGACAGGACGCUGCAGAAUUUGCACGAGGUCUUAACUCACACCCAAAAGCAUCUUCAGGAAGCUAGGAAUGAAAAGGAAACCUUACAGCUGGAGCUCAAGAAGAUCAAGGGCAAUUACGUUCACCUACAGGAAAGGUACAUGACUGAAAUGCAACAGAAAGCUAAAACUGUCAGUCAGUGCCUAGAUAUGGACAGAACCCUAAGCGAGAAAGAAAAAGAGGUGGAGAAGCUGCAGCAACUCAAGGGGGAGCUGGAAAAGGCCACCACCUCCGCUCUGGAUUUGCUGAAAAGGGAGAAAAAGGCCCGAAAACAAGAGUUCCUGUCUUUACGUGAGGAAUUUCAGAAGCACAAGAAGAAAAACCUGGAAGAAAGACAGAAACUGAAAUCGACACUCAAGAAGCUGAUCAUUCAAGUUACUCAUUUGCAGCUCAUAUCUGAUACCGAAAAGGCAGAGAACACCCAACUCCAGCAGCAGGUCACGGAAGUCAAACAGGAAAACGAAAGGCUUCGGCAGCAGGUGGCGAGGAGCCAGGAGCAAAAUGAUGCCCCCCCUCAGUUUGAGACGCCUUGGUUAAUGGAGCACGCCGGGGAAGUGGUAACGGCGGAUAUCAAAAAGGAUGCAAAGACCAUGCAUUCCAAUUUGUUCAUGAAUUGUUCACCUGGUGAAGAAGAGAGCCUGAGUCCCCCAGAUGUGAAAAGAACUUCUCAGCCCGUCUCCAGAAUUCACAGUCUUCUGGCUCUGAUGGUAGGGCUUCUCAAACCCCAGGACAUCACUACUCCCGUUAUUGAACAUUUCAAAAAGAGUGAAAAAGUUAGUGAUACAAUGCUACAAAAAUUGAAGCACUUCCAUCUUAAAAAGAAAGAUUUAGAUAAAGAGUUCCUGGAACAUAAAGACAGAAUCACAGCUUUUAGAGAGUUAAUUGCAAAAGAAAAAGCAUUUCAAGAUCAGGUUAUCAAGGUUACAAGUUUGGAUUCAGAUGAAGCCAAGAAUAUUAGAGAUGUGCCUGUCUUAUUGGGAGUCAAACUGAAUAAGGACCACAAUCUGAACGAAGAGCUUGAUUUCUUGAUUGCAAAAUUGGGAAAUCUUCUAGAGUCAAAAGAAGACCACUGCAACAGACUCAUUGAAGAAAAUGACAAGUAUCAAAGACAUUUAGGCAACUUAAUAAAUAAGGUUACCUCAUAUGAAGAAAUAAUCAAAUGUGCUGACCAAAGACUCGAGAUAUCCCACUCCCAGAUUGCAUAUUUAGAAGAGAGAAAUAAACAUUUGGAAGACUUAAUUAAGCCCAGAGAGAGAGCA